AUGGAAGAGGAGAGGGAGAGGAAAAGAGAAAAAAGGCCUUUUACAGAGAAAUCACAGAUCUGCAGAAGAGAAGAGAAGAAAAGGAAGGGUCAUGGUCAUAUAUACACAUCACAUCAUGUGAAGAAACCAGGAGUCAACGAAGCAGGAAUAGCCGUCGAUUCUGGAAAAGACGAGAGAGGGAGAGAGAGAGGGUGUGGUAAGGGCACAGUAGCUAGCUACAACACACACAAACACACGGUUAGUUGGCUUACAAAUGGCGAUGAGAUGAGAGGAAAACGACAUUCAUUGCUCCAUGCAAUUCUGUUCUUCUCCGGUAUCCGUGUCGGUUACGUUUUAAGGCAAAGAAGAGUGAGAAAGAAUGAGUGCGUGUGGUGCGAGGUGCGUGGUGGAGAGGAGAAGGCGGAGAGGUGGAAAAAGGGAAAGGGGUGGGGGGUAGGGUUUGAAGCGACCAAGGUGGCAGAGAGGAUCAGAAGUGACAAAACUGCGACGCGUAAAGGAGAAUCGUCAAAAAAAGGUGAAGCGCAUUAA